GGAUUUGCGACACAACCAGUUGAUGCUGUUAUAUUAUAUUAAAGAGCCAUUGGCUUAUCUCUACGACGCCUAUUUUUGGUUUCCCGACGUGGACAACUGAAUGUAUCUACCUAUAAUGUCAACCGGAUAUCCGAAACGAUGGUGCGCGGUCUGUCGCAGUGGACCAAGACCCUGAGCUUCCCAGCGAGGGUGUCACCACAGAGACCCGCCAAGGAGUCCAAGGUUUUCCACGUAAGCCCCAGUGCUAGUCCCACGUCACCGCCCAGCCCGAUCAACGACACCAUGGACAAAGCGCCUAUAAUUACCGACGAGAACUUCCAAGACACGGAGGCAGAAAAGGCAAUAAUGGGCUCCAUCGUAUACUGCAUACAUCACAAGGACGGUUGCAAAUGGUCGGACGAACUAAGGAAGUUGAAGGCGCACCUGAACACGUGUAAACACGAUGCAGUUCCUUGCGGCAAUAAAUGCGGCGCGAUGAUUCCCCGCGUACUCAUGGAGGACCAUUUGAAGUAUACCUGCGCUCAGCGCAGAGCCCGUUGCGACUUUUGUGCCAAAGAAUUUACCGGACACACUUUAGAGAAACACACGGGGACGUGCGGUUACGAGCCUCUCUAUUGCGAAAACAAGUGUGGCAUGAAGGUGCAAAGGCGACACCUCGGCCAACACAAGCUGGGAGAGUGCGCCAAGAGACUAGUUGCCUGUCGUUACUGUAACAAAGAAUUCGUUUUCGAUACGCUCGGCGCUCACCACGCGAAAUGCGGUCGAUUUCCAGUUGCGUGUCCUCAUCGUUGCGAAACCGCGGUGCUACCCCGAGAGGAUCUCGAGGUUCAUCUGAAGGAUCAUUGCACCACGCAUCUACUUUCCUGUACGUUCAAGGACGCCGGUUGCCGCUUCAAGGGAAAUAGGUUCUCGUUGGAUAAACAUCUGGAAGAAUCCGCAAAGAUGCAUUUAAGUCUCAUGUGUAGCCUGGUGACGAAGCAGCAACAUCAAAUAACCAGCUUGAAGUCCGCAAUUAGCAAGCUGUCGUUAAAUUACACGGGCACACUUAUAUGGAAGAUCACGGAUUAUGCUGCCAAAAUGUUGGAAGCAAAAGCGAAGGAAGGAAUGGAGCUCGUCAGUCCACCUUUUUAUACUAGUCAAUACGGAUACAAGUUACAGGCUUCCAUUUUUUUAAACGGGAACGGAACAGGAGAGGGCAGCCACAUCUCGAUAUACAUAAAGAUCCUACCCGGCGAAUACGAUGCGCUUCUGCGAUGGCCGUUCUCGCACAGCGUAUCGUUCACUAUGUUCGAUCAGACAGUCAUCGCGGAAAAGGCUUGCAACAUCGUGGAAAGCUUCAUACCGGAUCCGACCUGGAAGAACUUUCAGCGACCAAGUCGCGAGCCUGAUUCUCUUGGUUUCGGCUUUCCGAGAUUUGUUUCCCAUGAGAUGGUGAAGAAACGACACUUCGUCAAAGACGAUACCAUGUUUAUUCGAGUUAAAGUGGAUCCUAGUAAAAUCGUAGCGGUCUAAAGGAACGCGUUUUGAAGAAACGCUACGUUUCUGGAAACGGACUUCAUGUGAUAUUUUCGAGUACUCGCUUGAGCGGGACAUAUGGUACUUAUGUCGUUUUAAAUAAUGCACGAUAGUUCAAAUUUAAAUCAACUGAAAACGGGAAACUAUGCCACCGCCCGUCUGCAUUGCGACAGUUCUCAUUUAUUAACUCGUGUUAUUGCAAAUAUUGCCGAUAAUUGUAAAACAAUUAAUUUAUUAACACUGCCAAAUGUGUAAUGCGCCAGAUUGUAUUUAACUCUUUCAGUUUCCUAAUUAUUUGUAUCUCUCUUAAGAGAUUUUAUCAUCAUCUAAUUUCUUUAUCUCUUGUGAUGUAUAAUCGAAGCACGUAAAAACUUAAUAUUAAUUACUACUUAUUGCUAUACAUUUUGCGAACAUUUUCGCUGUUUUUCUAAUAAUUCCUGCACAAAUUAUAUGUAUAAUUGCGAAAAAUGUAACAAACGAGAGCCUCGAUUUUUCUAAUGAAUGGCCUUACGAUCGCGCGAUUACUUUUAAGGAGAAAAAAUCAAAGAUUGUUAAGGGACUGCGUGUACUAUAAGGUUAGCAAAUGUAAAUAUAAAAUAUGCGGAAUGCCAUACGAUAAUGGACAGCGAGCAAUUGAAACAGAUUCAAUUAUUCGAUGUAAAUACGCACUUAUUAUAUAUAGUGAGAGUGAGAAAAUGUGAUCGAUAUAUGCUAGUGAAUGUAACUUUUGAAAAUGAGCUGGCUAAUAAAAGUGUUAUAUAAUAUUCACAUAUAAAA